UUUGCAGCGACAUCGCAUGCGAAGGUAUUUGCGGUAUUUGUCUUUGACACUGUCAUUACGCGAGAGUGCGUCUGCGUAGGAUCAUUCGCAGUUGUUUUGUGCAUGAUUCUUUCGUGUUUGUAAUCAUUCGUCGUUAACGCUGACGCAGUGGAAAAGACUCUCCCGAACUCUGAUGAAUAUCUGCUUGAACCUGGAACAUAGGUGUCAAUAAGACAGAAUAAGUAACUUUAAUUUUCCUGUUACUUUUUGCACGGUCGGUGAUGCUGAGGCCAGCAGUUACCUUCUAGACGACAGCAAUGGCUCGGACUUCAUCCAUCGUCACCAGUGUUGGAAUCGUUUGUUUCGGAGAUGUUCCUCGAAAGCGAAGUCAUUCUGUGCCUUGCUUUGAUGUCACUCGUCUCUGGAAGCGACACUCUGCCUCCAACAUGCGAUAGCAACAUAUACUGCUAUGGCGAAUUGCUCCACACAGUGCAGAUGGCCUCAAUUUUCUCCGAUUCGAAAACAUUCGUGGAUAUGAAAUUGAAAUAUCCUCCAAAUGAGACGCUCCAACGUUUUGAUGAAAUGAUGAAUCGAACAAAGAAAAAUCCUACACGUUUUGAUAUUGAAGUUUUUCUAAAUGAUACAUUUGAACCAGCUGGCUCUGAAUUUGAGGAGUGGGAUCCAGAAGAUUGGGUUGAGCAUCCUGCAUUUCUUGACAGAAUCCAUGAUCCAGAUUUGCGUGACUGGGCUAGAAAAUUGAAUUUGUUGUGGAAGUUCUUGGGCAGAAAGAUAAGAACUGAUGUGAAAAAUAAUCCUGAUCAUUAUUCAAUUAUAUAUGUGCCAAAUCCUGUAAUUGUCCCUGGAGGGCGAUUCAGAGAGUUCUACUAUUGGGAUUCUUACUGGAUUGUAAGAGGCCUUUUGGUGUCACAGAUGUAUAAUACUGUUAAGGGCAUGUUACAUAAUUUAUUAUCAAUUGUUGACCUUUAUGGAUUUAUUCCAAAUGGUGGCAGAAAAUAUUAUGCUAUGCGCUCACAGCCUCCACUACUUAUUCCUAUGAUAAAAAGUUAUGUUGAUGAGACAAAGGAUAUUGACUUUGUCAAGGAACAUAUUGUCACCAUGGAGAAAGAGUUCCAACAUUGGAUGGUCAAUCACACCAUCAAAAUAGAAAAAGAUGGUGUUCAGUAUAAAUUAGCGAGAUACUUUGAUCUGUCCUCGGGACCUCGACCUGAGUCAUACAGAGAGGAUUACACAAGUGCCCAAAUAUUCAGAACAGCAGAAGAAAAGGAAGCGUUCUAUUCAGAGCUAAAGACUGCUGCUGAAUCAGGUUGGGAUUUUUCAACUAGAUGGUUUAUUUUGAAUGCAACAAAUAAGGGAAAUCUUACAAAUCUUAAAGUGAGGUACAUUAUUCCUGUAGACUUAAAUUCAAUAAUAUUUUGGAAUGCAAAGAUACUUUCUGAUUUUUUUAUGAAUGUUGUUAAUGACGCAGAAAAGUCUAGUAUGUAUGAAGAAAUUGCUGAACAGUGGAAGGAAGCAGUGACCAAAGUUUUAUGGCAUGAGGAAGUUGGUGCUUGGUUGGAUUACGACACAAUCAAUGAGAUCAAGAGAGAUUAUUUCUACCCUUCAAAUCUGGCACCAUUGUGGACAGGCUGCUACUAUAAAAGUGAUAUGACUAGUGAUCGUGUGGCAAAAAUUAUGAAAUACUUGGAGAAAUCGCAAAUUAUGACAAAUCAAGGUGGUAUACCUACGACAAUGGAGCACAGUGGUGAACAGUGGGACUAUCCAAAUGCUUGGCCCCCUCUUCAGUAUAUAAUGAUCAUGGGCCUGAACGCUACUGGGGAUGACUGGGCGAAAGCACUGGCACUAGAGUUGACAGAGAGGUGGGUACAUUCCAACUAUAAAGCUUUUAAUUCAUCAGAAGCAAUGUUCGAAAAGUAUGAUGCAACUGUCGCUGGAGGUUAUGGAGGUGGUGGAGAGUAUGAGGUACAGCUUGGGUUUGGUUGGACAAAUGGCAUUAUACUGGAAUUUCUUGAUAAAUAUGGUGACAUACUGCAGCCCGAAGACCAGUUCAACAUACAGGCUGCUAGACUGGCAGGUGUAGGCAUCAUGUCAGCAGCAACAAAUCUUGUUUUAGUCUGUCUUUCAGUGGCAUUUCUGUUAAGUAUAUGAUUUUUCUUUUAGAUUAUUGAAAUUAAUAUGGCCAAAUGUGACAGUAAUGAAUUUUUCUCCAAAUUCUGUACAAAGGAAUGUUAGAAGCAUCCAUAAAAAGCCUUGUAGGUUUUAAAAAUGUUGCUACUCUUCCUCCUCAAAUGAGAAUGUUUAUGUGUCACUUGCGUAUAAGUGUUAAUUUAUUAUUUCUGAAGAUCGUGUGUUCAUCUGUCUUAAAUUAUGUGAAGACUUGUUAAUAUUGUUGGUUUAUGUUUUCCUUUGUCUGUUGUCAGCAGCUAAGAAAUGAGCUAUUUUGCCCUUCAACAAAGUAUUUGUUACAUGUCAAAGGUGAUGUUCACAAUUGCUAUUUGUUGAUUCGAUAAAUCAUAGGUGAUAUGAGUUUAGUUCCUCUUAUGUCCUAUGUCAAACUAUGUUAUUUAUGCCAUUGUUUAACUGGCUCAAAAUUUGUCACCUCUGCCGUUAAUACUGUGAUGUAGUCAUAAUUUUAAUGUAUCUUGGAAACUGCAGGUGUAAUAUGGCCUACAUACAAAUUCAGGGAAGUUAAAUUUUUGCUGAAAAAUUGAUGCUAAUAAUAAAUCUGAACAGCAUUUGUGGACUAAGUUAGUGUAUUUAUUGUGAUGCCUGUUGGUUUAAUGCAUUCUGAUAAAUAUCUGAGUUAUGUUCAGUUUGGAGGAAAUGAGGAGGUGACAAAUUGUGAUCAGUAUUAUAUCCCAGUCAUAAGAUGCCCAAUUUUGCCCCAGACUUCUGGUAAAUAGUAUUUCCCAUACCAAACUUGGUUAUUAAAGUGAAAAGGUAUAAAACCGCAAUCUAAAAGCUUCUGUAUCAACCCAAAUAACGGCAUCCUUUUUCCAUGCACACCCACAUGAAGUGAAGCUAGACAAGGCCAUCUGUGAAGAUAAAUGAUAAAGACAGCCUCGCAGAGUUAGAAGUUGACAGAGUAAUACUUGCGGCUGCAGUGUUCUCAGAUUAUGGGAUGCUUGCUGCAUGUGGGAGUAAUGGUCGGAGGGGAGGCAAGGUUAUUAAUAGCACCAGCAUAAUGUCACUUGCUUUAGAUUCAUUGGUUAGUACGGUAGCGUGUGCUUUGUAAAGAAACGGGUUUUUUUUUCCAUCCUCCUGACGAAGUGAAAUAAUCAUUACUUGCCAGUAUUUCAAUAGAUAUUUUUGUGUUAAUGAUUGUUUAUGUACUGUUGCCCUGACAUGAGAAAUGUACCCUUGUGUUCUGACUGUCUACAGUUUUAUUUAUUUUAUUGCCAGCUGGCAGGUAUUAUCUACUCUCAAAAGACAAGAUGCCUGUAUUUAGCCUUCCGGAGGUAUGUUUUACCCCUCAGCAAUCGUUGCCUUUGAAUAGCAGAGUUUUUAAGUAUUAAUACAGAAGUCGACUGUUUAUGCUGCCGUCAUUAUGCAAGAUUUCUUUUAUGAUGUGUUGUCCUUUCUUUGUAUUUAUUUUCCAUGUAAAUAUUUCACAGAUACAUUUCGAGAUGAUGCUCAAAUUAUAUAAUUAUUUAAGAAGAAAAAUUGGGGGUCAAGCUUGCUUGGUAUAGGCAUCAGUUUAUACUUACCUCUAUUCUUCACUCCACUUUUUAUACCAUUAGUUUUGCCUUGAACAAAAUUAAUACCUUAAAAUAUUAAUUAUCACGGAGUUGUUCCAUAUUAGUAUAGGUCUGAAACUGAAAACAGUUGUAUGUAACAUUAUUUUUAUUAAAAAUUUGUGGCAUUAAUUCCUUGUAUGCAUGUGAAUUUCAUGUAUGUGAAAUUCAUAUGGAUACUUCCUUUAUUUAUUUAUUUUUUUUUAAUUAAAAAGAUGGAUGUUAUUUUGAACACCACGUACAGUCAGUUUUAUAAUUUCUUUGUUUGUGUAACUGAAGUUUGAUACAGCAGUAUAGAACACUUUUAGUUCUAAAUAUUUGCAGUCCAUAUGUAAAUGAUCAAAAACAUUACACAAGUGUAUUGCAAGUGAGAAAUAAUGUGAGAUACAAAUUUUACAUUCAAUAAAUGUAUAUUUUUGUGCAAUAUUAAAGUGAAAGUUAUCAAAAUUAUACAUGUUGAAUAAUCAUUAUGUAAUUUAAGUUGAUAAUGAUGCUGGGUAGAAUGACAGUCAUUCAAAGUAUCCUGUCUAUUGAAACUUAGUGUUUAAUGUGCUACCAUGAGGAGCAGAAAUGAACUCUACAAACUGCUGUAAUCAUCUAAAGAUCAUGUUCCAAAAUGUUAGCUUUUUUUAUUUUCUUAUUAGUCACUUGAGUCCCCAUCACAGAGUUUCUCGUAAGGAGAGUCAGCGCUCGUAUUUACUGCAGUUUGUAGUGUUAAAACCUGAAUAUUCAGCUGUACUGUGUGCCUUAAUCUCAACUUCAAAUGGAAUGUAUGUAAUAAGCAAUUUGUGGUAGUAACAAGCUAGUGUAUGGAUGAUGGUUAUUGCUCUAAUGUGGUGUUGCUUUUCUUUGAGUUUCUGACUGAAAUUCUAUCUUCUAAAAAUGACAGGAGAAAUUCUGGUUCCUACUUAAAGCUAAUUUGUACAUACUUAAACUUUAAAAGUAUUGAAAUAUGUUCUUACCAGUUUUAUUUUGCCUGUUGAACUAAGUACACAGGUGUCAAGUUUAUUUCUUGUUUCAUCAAAAACCAUGUUAACUGCGUGUUGUGCUGCGUGAAUUCUUUUUUAGAGUAGUAACCAGUCCCCCAUUUUAGUGCUUUGCCCCCAUGAAUAUCAAGCUUAUAAGCGAGGGAAAAAAAUUGUGCCUGCUUGAAACACUGAAUAGAUGAACACCAAUAAUGUGACUCCAUGACUCAGUGUUGUAGGUAACAUCCUCUCUAAUUUUAAGUUGUUGUUGUUGUUGUUGUUGUUGUUCUAUUUCCUCAUAAGCUCAGUGGCUACUACCAAUAGAAUACUGAGUGCACAUAAAAGCUCAAAAUGUGGUGAUAUCACCAUUUUGUGAACAGCAUGCAAGGUUUUAAAUUUCAAAAAAGACUUCUCUGUAGUAAUAUGUAGCCAUGAUAUUUUGUUUGUGAAGAAUUAUUUACAGAAUUUAUUCCAAUGAAAUAUAGUCAUUCUGAAUGAAAUUUUACAGUUGACAAUGAAAUGUGUUGUUGGAUUGUCCACGGAUAGUAGAGAGAAGCAGACUUGGAUUGUAUUUUGAAGUGAAUAUUAAAUAUUGGUCUCUUACUUUCACUGCAAUUUGCUGCUUCUUGAAUUCACAGGGUUUUACUUGGAGCUGUAGAGUCCAACUAUCUCUCUGCUAUUGUGAGUAAUCUGUUCUGUGACAUUAUUUUCCUAGAGACUGCUAGUUCUAAACUGCUAGAACAACAACAUCUGUUGAGUUAGUAAUGGGAGAUGGGAGAUUUUGGGCUGACUACAAAGUUCAGUUCUGCAGUGUGGUGGAUUGUAUGAAAAUUCCACUGUGCUUGAGACAAUGCUCAGAAUUAAGUGCUGCUCUCUGUUGUCAUCCCAACAACCAGUAGCUCAUACACCAUUUCAUUGGAGAUUGCCUUGUCUUCUCUUUGGCAUUAGUGUAUCUCAGUUUCACUGUAGUCUUGAUCUUACAGGGAAGUACGUAAAUCCUUAUAGAUUUGAGGUAGCUCUUUUCACUACUUAGGCACUCUUUAUGUGGAAUGAAUAUGAAUUCUUUCACAGAGAGUAAAUUGCUGCUUUUUAGAGGCCAUACUCCUAAACCUUUCUUGCAGCACCUGUGAUUUUUCCAAGUAAAGUCUGUUUUAUCAUCAAAUCAUUUCUGAAAAUCACUGCGUUCUUCUGCAUAUAGUCUCUGUGUACCAUUCUGAGUUGUCCUGCGCAAAUGUGUCAAGCAGAAAAUAUGACAUUGCUUCAAAAUAGCUCCCGAAUGUCACAUUCAUGGUCCCCUUAAAAUUAUUUUGUAGCAACAAAAGUUUCUGCUGGUGUUGGUGGUCAUUCUGUAUCUUCAUCUAAUGAGUCAAUAUUUGACUGUAUAUAAACCAGUUGUAAGUCUGUGUAUGAUCUCAAGUGUAAUUACCAACUGUUUGCUUCGACAUUUUAAGUAUGUUUGUUACAAGUCUGUGAAGCCUGGAACUUAAUCAGACCUGCUGUCCUCUCACAGCAGGCAUCACACAUUUUUGUGCAAAAAACACAGAUUUGAAAAUAUAUCUAAAAAUUAUGAUCACAUAAGCUAAAAAGUUGAUUAAAUCAUUCCUCGUGGGCUGUGUUAAGUGUUUGUCAGUUGCUGCUUGUUGUGCAGGCUUGUGUGUAUAAUGCAGAUGUCAAGGCUUUAUGGAUGGUGCCUUAUGAGUUAAGUGUGCAGUUGUUUCACAUGAUGUGGUGCAACUGGAUAUGGUUACAGAUCAGGUGCAAUCUGCCUUUAACAUAAUUUGUUCCAAGUACUUCAUUCAGACUUAUAAGUUCUUGCCUGUAGCAUAUUGGCUAGGUUGCCGAUAGCCACAUAUAUUUGGCUAUCUUAAUUUUUGCUCCUAAAUGGUAAAAUUUAAUAACUGUGUUAAUUUGCACAUUGGCUGGACAGGGUACUGAUUCCAGGUUUUACCUUCUUAUGGGCUGGACUCUUUUGUAUGACUGAUUACUGUGGCUAAAGAGAAGAGGCAUUCAAGGGACAGCUUGCCACACCUUGUAACUUCGUAUGCAGAAUUCUAGGUUUAAUAUAGGCAUGAAAGAAUUAAUCCAGAGCUAAGCAGCCCAAAUUGACAUACUUGCUGCCACUAAAAAUUCACGAUUCCUUGAAGAAAAGAAACAAUUUUUUGUUUAUACUACAGAUUGUUACAGUUGAUUAAAUGUAAGGAGUUUCUCUGUGUGUGUUUGCAUUAUGAAAAUUUUGAUAGUUGAGCAGUAUGAGCAAUCAGUGAUAAAGAAAAUAAGAAAUAUCUGUGAUAUUUUUAUUGAUGUACACAAUGUAAGCAUUUCUUAAAUGUAACAUUCCAUUAGCACAUAGAGCAGUAUUCUGCCAAAUAAAACUUGACUGCAUGCUGUGCUUUGGAGAUUGGUUCCUGAUUCUCACCCCCUCCCCCCCCCCCCUCCUCCCACCAACACACACAUACAAAAGAAUUCAUGCAGCAGAAGAAUUGAUAGCAAUUUUGGCUGUGAACUUGAUUUAGAUAGUUCCUUUCCUACUAUUUCAGUAGUAGUAUUAUUAUAAAUUAUGUUCACUGACAGAUAUUUUUUCUGUUUUCACUGACUAUUUUAAACUUGCAUUUGUUUAUAUGUGUAUUUUCUUUUAUCUUUUGACUGUAUAGUGUGCAAUAAACACUCUAAGAUGUUUCAAUAUA